CCCCGCUCCCCCCCUCCGCGCGCGUCAUUCCCACAAUCCCUUUCGGGAAGCUGCGCCGUCGUGCCGGCCGGGGGGCUGCUCAAGAUGGCUGCCGACAGUGAGCCCGAGUCCGAAGUGUUUGAAAUCACAGACUUCACCACCGCCUCCGAGUGGGAAAGGUUUAUUUCCAGAGUUGAGGAAGUUUUGAAUGACUGGAAACUUAUUGGUGUUUCAUCAGGCAAAUCUUUGGAAAAGAGUAUAUUUACCACUGGAACAUGGGAGGAGAAAUCAGAUGAGAUUGCUUUUGCUGAUUUCCGAUUCUCAGUGACACAUCAUUAUCUUGUGGAAGACUCUAAUGGCAAGGAUGCAAAGGAGGAACAGGGAGAAGCCACUCCUCCAAACAAAAGAGCAAACAAAAAUGAAUUUCUCAUGACUAAAAGCUCAAAAAAGCAACAUCUGGACAUCACUGGAAAAGUUUCAGCAAAUGCUCUUCCAGUUGCUAUGCAAGAUCUUCUGUGUAUGAACAAUGAUUUUCCUCCCAGAGCACAUUGUCUAGUGAGAUGGUAUGGUUUACGUGAAUUUGUAGUUAUUGCACCAGCAGCAAAUAAUGAUGCAGUUCUUAGUGAAUCCAAAUGUAAUCUCCUUCUGAGUUCGGUUUCUAUUGCAUUGGGGAACACAGGCUGCCAGGUGCCAGUUUUUGUGCAAAUACAUCACAAAUGGCGAAGAAUGUAUGUUGGAGAGUGUCAGGGUCCUGGAGUCAGGACAGAUUUUGAAAUGGUCCAUCUUCGCAAAGUACCAAGCCAGUAUACUCAUGUAUCAGGACUGUUGGACAUCUUCAAGUCAAAAAUUGGCUGCCCAUUAACCCCAUUACCUCCAAUUAAUAUAAGCAUUAGACUUACAUAUGUACUUCAGGACUGGCAGCAGUAUUUCUGGCCUCAACAACCACCAGAUAUUGAUGCUUUAGUUGGAGGAGAAGUUGGAGGCCUAGAAUUUGGAAAGUUACCAUUCGGUGCCUGUGAGGAUCCUAUCAGUGAACUUCAUUUAGCAACUACAUGGCCUCAUCUAACAGAGGGCAUAAUUGUGGACAAUGAUGUUUAUUCGGACUUGGAUCCUGUUCAAGCACCUCAGUGGUCUGUGAGAGUAAGAAAAGCUGAUAAUCCACAGUGCCUAUUGAGUGAUUUUGUUACUGAAUUUUUCAAACUCUGUCGCCGGAAAGAGUCAACGGAUGAGAUUCUUGGAAAAUCAGCAUUUGAAGAAGAGGGGAAAGAUGCUGAUAUAAGCCAUGCUUUGUCAAAACUCACAGAACCGACACCAGUUCAUAUCCAUAAGUUGUCAGUGACAAAUAUGGUUCACACAGCAAAGAAAAAGAUUCGUAAACACCGAGGUAUAGAUGAGUCUCCAUUAAAUAAUGAAGUGCUCAAUGCUAUUCUCUUGUAUUUAUUCCCUGAUGCUGCUGAUAAAUCAGCAGAUGGAUCUGAAGCCAGAACUAGUGCAUCAACAGGAAGUGUUCCACCCUCAGACAGUGAAGACUAUAAUCUCUACAUUCAGUUCAAAUCUGCUCCUUCAGACAGUUUAACAUACAAGUUGGCCCUCUGUCUUUGUAUGAUCAAUUUUUACCAUGGUGGUGUCAAAGGAGUUGCACAUCUCUGGCAGGAAUUUGUCUUGGAAAUGCGCUUCAGAUGGGAGAACAACUUCUUUAUUCCAGGGUUAGCCAGUGGUGCUCCGGAUCUGAGAUGUUGUUUACUGCACCAGAAACUUCAGAUGUUGAAUUGCUGCAUUGAAAGGAAAAAAGCAAGAGAUGAGGGGAAAAAGGGAAGUAGUUCUGAUCGCUCUUCUGGUGACACUGGGAAAACUGACCUGGUGGGUAGAGAAUAUCCUAAAGAGAGUGAUAGAGAAAAAGGAGAGGUAGGAAAAUCUUGGGAAUCCUGGAGUGACAGUGAAGAAGAGUUUUUUGAAUGCCUGAGUGACACUGAAGAGCUUAAAGGAAAUGGACAAGAAGGUGGGAAGAAGGGAAUUACAAAAGAAAGUAGCAAAGAGACUCUAGCAUUAAAGCCAGAAGGUCGUCUUCAUCAGCAUGGCAACUUGACUUUGCUUCAUCCCGGAGAUCCUCUCUAUGUUCCUAUAACACAGGAGCCAGCUCCUAUGACUGAAGAUCUACUGGAGGAACAGUCUGAAGUAUUGGCGAAGCUGGGAACAUCAGCAGAAGGAGCCCAUCUUCGAGCUCGCAUGCAGAGUGCUUGUUUGCUUUCAGAUAUGGAAUCUUUCAAGGCUGCCAACCCCGGUUGUUGUCUGGAGGAUUUUGUGCGAUGGUAUUCACCCAGAGAUUACAUUGAAGAGGAAGUAAUCGAUGAAAAAGGGGAGGUAGUCAUCAAGGGAGAACUGAGUGCUCGAAUGAAGAUUCCAAGCAACAUGUGGGUUGAAGCAUGGGAGACAGCAAAGCCAGUUCCAGCGAGGAGGCAGCGACGACUCUUUGAUGACACACGUGAGGCUGAGAAGGUCUUGCACUAUUUAGCAGUUCAGAAACCAGCAGAUCUUGCAAGGCACCUUUUGCCUUGUGUCAUCCAUGCAGCUGUACUCAAGGUAAAGGAAGAAGAAUCGGUGGAAGACAUUUCUUCAGUAAAGAAGAUAAUCAAACAAAUAAUCACCAACUCCAGUAAAGUUCUACGUUUUCUAAAUCCAGAAGACAAAAAACUAGAAGAAAUCAUUGGUCAGAUUAUGAGUGUUGAAGCAACGAUUGCCCGAACAAGGUCACUGAGAGCAAAAUUUGGGGUAGAUAAAUGUGAUCAAGAAGAAGAGCGCAAUGAUCUUGAAAGAUUUGUGAAUUCUUUUCUGGAACAGCCAGAGGUGUCUGUCAUUGGUGCUGGAAGAGGACCUGCUGGUGUUAUAAUUCGCAAGCUUUUUGUGAAUGCACAGAGGCUGACUGAAUCUUCUGAGGAGGUUGUGGCAAUGAUGCCCCUUGACGAUGAACUAAAAAGAUCUGGCUCCAUGGAUGAGAAACGAUUGAAUUCUGGGGUGGUCACAGAUUUCCCACCUCCUGCUGGACGAGAAGUUAUUUUACGUACGACCAUCCCACGGCCUGCCCCUUACUCUAAAGCUCUCCCUCAGCGGAUGUACAGUGUCCUUACAAAAGAGGAUUUCCGACUUGCUGGUGCCUUCUCAUCUGAUACAACAUUCUUCUGAUACCACCAUUUAGUCUAAUGCUCUUGCAUUUUGUGGAGUGGAAUAGUAUUUUACCAUGGAAGUUUAUGUACCCUGUAGGAUAUUGCUCUGUCCAGUUCCCUAAGAUUGAAAACAAUCAUUUAUAAAUUAAUGCUCAAUUCUCACAAGAUCAACAUCUAUGCCAAACAGAUUUCUCAUAUCAGAAUUUUAGCACAAUCUUUCCUACCCAGAUUGCAUACCUGAGGAAGUUGUCUAGCUAUUGCAUUUAGAGGGCUUUUGUGGGAUGUUGGCAAACAGGAUCACUUGUCGUCAGGUACCAAGCCAUUCCUGUUUCUCCUGCCAGUCUGCCCACAGUGAUAAUGGACAUAUUGGAGAACUGUAUAUUAUUUACGAAGUGCAAAAGCUAGAUAUGGUGAUACUUGUAGAAUUCCAUAGCCUUGUCUAGAUGUUUGCUUUGUUCAGUUUUAUGGCCAGCUAAAUGAACAUUGUGUAAUACUACCCUAAAUGGGUUUCAAACUAUUUAAAAUCCCUUAAAUAUUAGGCUACAUAAAAUGCAGCUCGUUUGUGGAAUUGGUUUGCUUUGUUACUUUACUAAAAAUUGGGCCAAAAUGUACUUGUUCUGCAUCAUAUAGUAUCUAGAAAACAAAAAAGAAUAUGUGGUUCACUGUAACAUUGCCACAACAUACAACCAAUAUUCAUAACAUGGGAUGAACUGUAUUAAAACCUUAUGGACCACUGGCUUUGAACUCUAAAUACUUUAAUUUUGUUUAUAUGUGUACUGAAAGAAAAGUAAAGGAGUAUUUUAAUUGA